AUGGGAAACACGACCAACAAAAGCCCCGAGAGCGGCAGCCACCAGAGCAGCAGAGGUGCAACACGGGCGGCACCGAGCAGCGCCUCGGACGAAGCGCAAGACCUACCAGCCAGAAUCAAGGCCCUGUCCGAAUCGCUCCGCAACUCCCUGCCCACAAGUCUGCUCCCAGAUGGCUUGGCCGAGGCGUUUCGCCAAAACUCCAACCAGCGCCUCCAGCUCGCCCGGGAACGAGGCGUCGGCCUCGAAGAGAUCUACAUCGCCGCAGACGGCCUCCCCACCUGGCGCACGCUCUACUGGGACCCCGAGGACGAGUCCCUCCACAGCGCCGUACAAAGGAGCCUCGUCGACCUCCAGCUCGCCCAGGAGAUGGGCGAGGUGCUGCAGCGGCAGAUCCGGGACAAGAGCGCUCGCAGGCUGCGCCAGGCCCUGUCACUGGGCAUCCAGCUCGACGACAUCGUCAUCGGCGAGUCCCUGCUGCCGGAGUGGACUGCCGGUGAAGACGACAGCCGCCGCCGGGGGUCUCCUGUUUCCGUGGCCGGCAGUACGCCGAGCGACUCUACGUGCGUGGGAGCCACUCCUGCCGUAGGCUCGUUGGACACGAAUGCUCGGCGGCCCCCUGAUGCCGAGGAUUCGGUUCUGCUGCGGGACCUGAUCUACGGCGUUUUUGGCGGUGGCGACAGCGACAGCGACGACAGCGACGACGACGACCCCGGGGACAUCUACAUGAACAACCACGUCGACGCGCGGCCAGUCUACGAUGAACACGGCCACGGCCACGGCCACGUUGUCCACGGCGUAGAAAUAGUCGGUGGCGACGGCCAAAACGACGUCGAUCUGGCGGUAUACGUGGCCUUUGACGACGAAGACCUGGAACACCUGCCAGCGGUAGAACUAGCCAUUGACAGGGACGCCUUUGAGCUGAGUUUCGGCGACCAGGACGCCGUCGAUGUUCACAUCCCCGACACGGAAAUAUUUUGCUUCGACACGGUCGAGGAAUACGACGACGACGGCAAGGACGCGCACAAGCGCGCUCCGGGGUCGGGGCCACGCCAUCCCAUGGAGCUACGUCAUCACAGCUACGACGAAGGAGACGGAAUCGCGGGCGAAAGCGCCACGGACGUUUCCGAACCCGCCGUCGCCGACAGCUUGCCCGACUCGGAGGUACCGAGUGAGGAGGAGUAG